UGCCGUGCUCAGAGUCAAAGUGAGUGCACAUGUGCCAGUGAGUACAGCUACCACACUUUAAAUCAACAAAAGAAAGAAAGAUUAAACUCUGAGUCAGAAUCCAACUUUGUCCGGUUGGGAAACAGAAGCUCCACUGGUUGAACGGUCAUCUUAAACUACAGAUCAUCUACUGGAGAAUUCACCUUUAAACAGCUGCAAUGGCUCCCAGCUUGGCCCAGGCCUUCAGGAGGAGGUGGUGGAUGGCGGUCACAGCCAUCAUAGAGAACCUGCUCUUCUCUGCGGUGCUGCUGGGCUGGGGCUCACUGCUCAUCAUGCUGAAGAGCGAAGGCUUCUACUCACACCUUUGUGUUGAAAAUGUGACUGUGGACCCCAACGUGACCGUGGUGGAGAGCGGGGCCUGGCCGAGCUGUACGGAGCAGGAGGAGGUGUUGAACCUGGGCUUCACCAUUGGCUCCUUCCUCCUGAGUGCAGCCACUCUGCCUCUGGGCAUCCUGAUGGACAGAUUUGGGCCACGCCCACUGAGGCUCGUUGGCAGCACAUGUUUCGCAGCUUCCUGUGCCAUGAUGGCUGCCGCUGCUUAUGAUCCUGCAGCGCUGUCUUUCCUCAUCUUCCUCGCUGUCUCCUUCAACGGCUUCGGAGGAAUCUGCCUGACCUUCACCUCACUCACACUGCCUAACAUGUUCGGGAACGUACGAUCAACCAUCCUCUCCCUGAUGAUCGGAUCCUACGCUUCCUCUGCGGUCACCUUCCCUGGAGUCAAGGUUAUCUAUGACCUGGGCGUGUCGUUCCGCAUCAUCAUGUGGGUGUGGUCGGCCAUGGCCUGCGGAGUCUUCCUCAACUGCUUCCUGAACUGGCCUGCUGAGUCCUUCCCUGCACCUGAAGACGUCAGAUACACUAAAAAGAUGAAGCUGAGUGGAGUUGUAACUGAGGACAAGGUGACUGGGGACAGGUACGUGACCCACGUGGCUGUCAUGGAAGAAAUGAUGGGACCCAAGCAGCCAGAACCCGAGCAUGCAGACUCACAAAGCCCACCCCAAGGCGGGCUGCCACUCUGUCACUCUGUGUGCUCGCCCAUCUUACUGUGGAGUGUCAUCACCAUGGCAAUGACCCAGCUGAGGCUGAUCUUCUUCAUGGGUGCCAUGAACAAGAUGCUGGAGUUCCUGGUCACGCACGGCCAGCCAAACCCUUCAAAAGAGCUGCUGCAGGAGGUGGAGGAACAAGUUGGUUUCUACUCCUCUAUCUUCGGAACGAUGCAGCUGUUGUGUCUUGCCACCUGUCCUUUGAUUGGUUACAUUAUGGACUGGAGGUUGAAGGAGUGUGAAGAGGAAAAUGCAAAGGACAGCGAAUAUGAUCCCACAAAGAGAGACAGAAAGAUCCAGAAACUGACCAAUGCCAUGAGAGCUUUCAUCUUCACCAACCUCCUAUUGGUCACCUUCGGAAUCCUUUCCAUGAUUGACAACCUGCCCAUCCAGUUGGUGUCCUUUGUCCUGCACACCAUAGUGAGAGGAUUUAUCCACUCCUGCUGUGGAGGUCUCUAUGCAGCUGUGUAUCCAGCCAACCACUUUGGAACACUGACAGGCAUGCAGUCCAUGGUCAGUGCUGCCUUCGCCCUGCUGCAACAGCCACUGUUCAUCCUGAUGCUGGGACACCUCAAUGGAGAUCCUUACUGGAUCAAUCUGGGCCUUCUCAUCAUGUCCAUGGCAGGCUUCCUGUUGCCAGGCUAUCUAUUCUAUCACCGUAGAAACCUGACCCGGGCAAAAGCAGAACGUGAUAGGUUGGCUGCCAGCCAAUCAGACAAGGAGAAUGCUCCUCUAACCCAAUCAGAUGGUAGAACUGCUAAUAGCCAAGCCAAUGGGCUUGCAGCUAAUGGCUACACAAGAAAUAACAUUCAGUAGUUUAUUUAUUGUGAGGAUGCAAAUGCCACUCACUACAUUUUUAUUUGAAACAUUUAAGAAACACAUAAUAGCACAGUUUAAAAUGGACCAGGAAGCUACAUUUGUAACCCUAAUGUCAGAUAUCUCUGUGCCUUUUCUCUAGAUUUGAUCACUAAUCAUUUCAAAAUGACUAGUGAAGAUGGCUCAGUAGUUAGCUCUGUGGCUUUCUGGCUAAGCCUCAGUCCUGGAGAUACAUGCUGUUCUCCUGUGUGGGGGCUGCUUUCUCCACAAACACUCUAAAUGCCCAUGUUAGAAUAUGUGUGUGUAAGGGUUAGGUGAACUGCAUGCUGGGAAAGUUUCCAGUCUCCAAAUGCUUGACCCACAUAUUAUUUAAAAGAAAUAUAUCAGCAUUUAAGGCCAUUGCGUAUGUAUGCAACUUUAAUCCUUUUUACUGUUACUCAGAUACAGUAGCUCAAACUCAAACUCAAUUUCAUAGAUUAUGGGCAACCUGCUUCUGUACAUCGGCAUGUAACCGUAUAAUACAGUUAUUAUAUUCUUUGCAAGCUCUUGCGGGGCCACAUAAAAUGAAGUCGCGGGCCGGAUUUGGCCCCCGGGCCUUGAGUUUGAGGCCCCUGCUUUAAGUAAUCCAUCAAAUCAAGCAGCAAAGCUGCAAGCCAAUAACGCACGACUACAUAUUAGGGCUUUGAGCGUUAUUUGUCAUCUUGACAUACCAAUACAGAAAGGACAUGUUUUGAAUGUCUACUCUAAAGAAAAGUUAGACUCAUUAAUACUGAAACAAACUCUUGAUCAAUUCAAUAAAUUGCUCCUGUUGCUACUAAUACUUUGGCUUGACUUCUUAAGUAGAUACUUGCUGAAUGCAGCAGGUAGUAUCAUUAAUACCUGCUGGAGUAAUGCUAAAGAAAUAGUUGAAUAGAAGAUUGAUACUACUGCCUGCAUGUUCAAUUGUAUGUAACAGAUUAGCUUAGUUUAGCAUAAAGACCAGUGUAAAAGCUAGCCUGGCCCUUUCCAAAACGUUAAACAUACACCUAGCAAUACCUUGGAGUCAUUUUAUAUACAGUUUGAAUGAAUGUGUGAGAUAAUAUAGAGUGGUGCAGUGAUAACGUAUGUUUGUAGGCAGUCACAAGGGCUCCAUCGACAAAAAGAAGACAUUGGAUUUUAGGAUUAUUUGAAAAAUAAGCAUCGUGGCAGACACGUCUAUGAUACUUAAACGUUUGUUCAGUGGGAUCAUUUUCACAUACUAAAACGUAGUUUUAUAACAAUUGAAGCGUAAAUAUAAAAAUCAGAGGUUUAGUAGUCCCGUUUAGACAUUUGCUAGCAUUUGCUGUUUUUAUGACAUAAAAGCUCAAGACAUUCACCAGUGUGGUGUUUGCCGAAAUGUUUUAUGUUGCAGAAAAAAACGUAAAUCUUUUAAGGUUGUGUUAACACAGUGCUUUUUUGGGAAUCUAACCAAAAACUCUUUGAGACGUGGGAGCCCUAAUGUGCUAACAUGCUAACUCAUUUCCAGGUUUAGGACUCAUUGCUGCACCACUCUAUUAAUCUGCCACUAACCAGGACGACCGGGCUUUGUAGAUCAACCUGAAUGUCCCAUUUGGAAAGCAAUGAAGUGAGGAUGGAUGAGGUAGUCAGUAAGGAUGGAUGAGGUAGUCAGUAAGGAUGGAUGAGGUAGUCAGUGAGGAUGGAUGAGGUAGUCAGUGAGGAUGGAUGAGGUAGUCAGUGAGGAUGGAUGAGGUAGUCAGUGAGGAUGGAUGAGGUAGUCAGUGUUUAUAUGCUAAACAUGUCACUUCAGGUCAGAGUUGGACUUUUCCUCUAUAAUGGUGACAAAUGGAUCUAACAUAACUAUGAUUGUUGCAACUAUGGUAACAUAAUUUAAAGGUUAUAUUUAAGUAGUUUCUGUUUAUGGCUUUAAAUAUUAACAUAUUUCUCAACAACAUCAUACAAACAAAUCCCUGAAACAGCUCUAAUUGAUAUGUUUCAUAAAAACAAGGCUAAAGGUGUCUAUGAUAGUGAGUGAUCCGCUGAUUGUGAUGGAGCUUCCUGCUUUUAUCACCACUACCAUAGAGCAUACAUACAGCAGUUAGCUAUUAGCAGGCUAACAUAGUGGAGCUACAGGGACAGAUGUUUUCCUCAGAAGUUGCUGGAGACCAACACAGAACUAAAAGAGAGAGAAUAAUGGACAUGGAAUUUACAGAAGCAAGUUUGUCCAAAGUAAAGGAGAGUAAAUCUAGACACACAUGCAAAUGACUUGGAUGACUCUGAUUGAAGCAUCUUACAAGCUUUCUGAGACUGUCUGCUGGUUUCUCACAGCACUGUAUUUAUAACAUUUUUUCAAAGGUGUCAUAUUGCCAUGACAACGCCUUUUUGACAGUCGUGUUGCGGCCAACUUGCUAAGUAUCCCUGGGAUAUUUGAGUUUGAUUUUAAGAAGUUAACUGUAUUUAAAGGAACAACUAAGUUAAAGGUUUUCAAAGUUUGAAAGCUCCGUAUUUAAUCCCCCACCCUGUCCUCGACUGUGCAGGCACAGAAAAGGAGAUCAUAAGAUCAAGGAAAUGUGUAGUACAGUAUAACAAUUGAUUUUGUCGUAGCUAGUCACCAAAGCUGCUUUAUUUGACUGUUGCAUUUUAAGAAGCACUUGAAUGUCACAAAGGCUGAACCCCAUGCUGAGUGCAGAUCUGUGAUUUGGUGAAGGCCUUCAGGCUGACAGCGCAACAUGGCUUUCAGAUCAUCUGUGAACAGAGAGAUUGUACAGUGUUAAUAGAUAUGUGAAAAUAGUUUAAUGAUAGGCUUUAUUUUGUGAUUACAUAAUGAAAUGUAAAACAAUGUUUAUUACAGAAUGUGCAUGCUUACCAAGUGCCUGGGGUUGACAUCUAAGUGCCAUCUGCUGAUGUUUAAGUGUCCUGAUCUAAGGCAGCAUACGCACAAACAAAGAAACCAUUUUGUUUCAAGUCAGCAACAUGCUGCUUAUCUGAUAGUUUGACAUACAAACCAAAAGCAGGUGCACCUUAAACAUAAUACAACCAGUCCAGGAACACUGGCCACAGAAAUGAUUGUGACAGGAAUCUGAUGCUAUAGACUUAUUGUAUGUCCAUUGUAUUGGACGCGUCAUGAUGUAAAGAUGCUGCUUGUAUUGUGUCCAUCUUUUGUGUGUCUUUAUUUUAUUGUUCAUCAGGGGUAAUUCAGAUGAAAAAGGUCACAGCAUUUGGCAUCACUUUUGUUGAUGCAAAGGGAGCUAAAGUGUUAUCAAAAAUGUCAUCAAAAUGAAAAGUAAGUUAACAGAUGUUUAUCAUCGUUGAAAACCAAUUGACCACUGAGAAGAGUUUAAAAAUAAUUGUUCCGUGUCAAUAACUUUCCUCACAAGAAGAAAAUGUAUUUUGUGUAUCAUUUAUUUGGUUUCUGACUUGAUUGAUUGUGGAACAGUUUUAAAUAUUAAAAAAUGAUAAAAGAUGUAAAAAAUGAAAUUGUGUUCUUGUUCCCGCAUUAACAGCGGACUCAGUUUCAGGUCCAUAUCAGAAUGUAGUGUCUCCACUGGGACAUGUCUUCAAAAAGCUCUUUAUUGUUCUCAUCCUGCCUGUGCUGCAGCCAUAGACUGAAUAUAUGAUUGAUUGGUUAGCUGGCUGGCUCCAUUGUGAAUCUUAGAAUCCACUCAGCAUGACUCAGCAGCUGUUAACAAAUUAUAUUAGUAUUAUGAAUCACCAAAUAUGUAUUGGUAAAAAAUGACUUUGUGUGUUAAAGUGAUCUUCAAAAGUCACCUUCAGCCAUCUGUGUACAGAAGACAUGGUGGCUGUUAGUGUUUGCUGCUUCGCCCCCUGCCAUGCAUUGAAGACAGGAAGACUUCUCACCUGCUGCCCUGUGUUUUACCCCCGGGUCACCAUUUGCCCAUCCCUGAUGUAUAUCAACCAAUGUGUGUAAUGUGAGUGAUAAAAGUAAUUUAUAAAGUA